AUGGGAAGUACAGCCACGCUGACAUUAACAGGGAACAAAAGCAGUCCCAGCACCGCAGCAUCCGUGCAGGCUGAGGCCCCGCUGGGCGGCUGCGGUGCUGGGCGCUGCGCACAGAGGACGGUCACAGCCGCCAAGGCCGACGUGCAGCGGCACAGCCCCGGCGCCGCUCGGAGCGCACCUCCGGGGCACGUGCUGCAGAGCGCGCACAGCGCGGUGCCGCGGCUCGGCUCGGCCCGGGGCCCGCACCGCCGCACCGCGCAGCCCGCGAUACCCGCCCGCUUCCCGCCGGGCCCCGUGCCGCUGCCCUCCCGCAGCCCCCGCCGCGCUCAGGUGCGCCGCUCCCGCCCCGGCCCCGCCGCUCACCGCCGCCCGCGGGGCUGCGCCUCCUCCGCCCGCCUCGCUCCGGCCGCCGCCGAGCCCCGCGCUCGCUUCCCUCAGCCGCCGCUGCCCGGGCGGCCGCGCGCACCGCAGCCAAUCGGCGCCGCCAGCGGAGGCGCGCGGCUCGGACUCGGCCCCGCGGCACGGGGAGGCGCGGCCUCGCGGCUGCGGGCGGAGCCCCGGACGGCCCUCAGUGACGGGUUGGGCGCAGCGCCGGGGCGGAUCGCGUCACGGCCCGAACCCCGCGGGCAGCACCCGAGCCGGGGCAGCGCCGCUACGUUUGCACGUACCCUGGGGCGGAACUCCGAUACCUCUAACAGACGGAGCGGUCCCAACGUUGCAAGAAAGACGGCAGCUUUGCUAACACGGCAAUUUUUAAUCACUGAGGAGAAUAAAGCGCUAGAACGGUUUACUGCAAAAAAAAUGCACGAUGUCUAA